AUGUUAGAUAGUUCGGAAAUAAGUACAUCGGAUUCCGAUGAUGAAUUUUUCAUGGAUAUGUUGUAUCAUCUACCAAGACCAAGGCUUUUCCGAGAUAGAUCAAAUCCUCUCGAAGAGUUUGAUGACUUUGAUUUUAAAUGCCGUUUUAGGCUUUCAAAAGAAAGUUUUGGUGUCUUAAUGCAUUUUAUUGUUCAAGAUGUUAAACACAAAACAAAAAGAAAUGUUGCACUGUCUCCAGAAGUACAAGUGUUAAUAACUCUUCGUUAUUAUGCUACUGUAACAUUUCAAGCAGUUAUAGGUGAUCAUAUCAGAGUUAAUAAAUCUACUGUAUGUAGAACUAUUAAAAGAGUUUCAACUGCUAUUGCUAUUGCUACAACCUAUUAG